CAAAGCUCUGAAGUAACCCCAUAUGUUUGUUUACAAAUUUCAUGUGAUGAAGCGUUUUACGCAUUCUGAUUGGCUUAGGGCAAAAAUGUAAACAAAAGCGCUGAUUGGUCGAGAACGAAAUUCCCCCUUGUUUACGUGUACCAUUUUAGGGGUCAAAAAUUUUUUCCGGACAUACAAAAAUUUUCCGUGAAGCCAAAAUUUUUUCCGGAUAUCUUAAAUUUUCGCCAUUUCUUCAAAAUAUUUUUCUAAAUUCCAAAAAUUUCCCAAAAUUUUUAUAAAUAUAAACUAUAAAUUACCUGAAUCUCGUGAUUUUCCUACAAAAAGCAUCGUUGGAAAUGUGAUUUAUCACGUAUUAUUUUACAACUAAAAGGGCACUUCUGCCCCCCCUACCCCCCCUAGCAAAAGGCAAGGGGGGCAGCCGCCCCCCCUGCCCCCCCCAGUUCCGGCGUCCCUGACAGUCCGCCAUAUUUUUGAGAUCAGUGAGGAUGACCACCCACUCAAGGUUCGUUGGUCACGCCCGCGAUAUUUGAUGAACUUUAGACUUGGCUAAUGCUUUCGUUUCCCCGGGUGUAAAUAGCCGGGGGGAAUUAGUACCCUCGCACGGCGCUUCGCGCCGCCGGCUCGGGGAAAAUUCAUACAAUUUGUUUAAAAUGCAUAGCUUUGACGUGCAAAUGCUUCAAUGUACAGUAAAACCUCUAUAAGGGACGGACGGACCAUCAUAUAUUUGAGGGGGUGGUUGCAGCUUUUUUCAUGCAGGAUUUUUUUUUGGAGGCACAUAUUGUGCAUGGUUUUUUUUUCGUUUAUAUUGAUAUUGCAAUAUCUUUGAAAGAAAAUUUGGUAGUGUAACCGGGCCAUUUCGACAUGCAGUGACUGCUCCGCUUCCGGCCAGUGGCGUAGUCAGACCUUCACUUUUGGGUGGGCAAAGCUCACGGCGUGAGAAAUCUAGAGUCCCUGAAAUGCGAUUUCAAGAAUUCCAAAGAUUAUAACGAAUAUCGAAGACAUAAAUUUUCCUAGACAUUUCUACUCGAAAUUAAAUAAAUUGGAAAAGUCACCUUGGAAACAGGGGGGGGGGGUCAGUGUCGCCUUAUUUCCCCUCUGUGAUGCUUGGAGGAGCCAUGUGAUUUCGAUCAGAAAUGUUGCAUUUAAAUCAUUCUAGGUUCUAUGAGACACCAUUUCCGCAUUCUCAGAAUUGCGUUGCUUUUUAUGCGAUACAGAGUAAGUCCGAGAACAAAUAUUCAUGCUAUGAUAAUGCGUACAUGCAUUUAACAGUAAAAAAUCUAAACUAAAUCUAUUCUUCUUGGAACCAUAUCUACAAGACUACAAAUGCUUUAAAGAGAUUUUACAAAUCAAGUUUUUUGCAGCAUAUCGUCUUUUUCCACACUCGAGACGUACUUAAUCAUUUUCAGCUUUGACCAUGCAACGUGAACCAAACUCACCAAUUUCUCUACGGAUUUAGCCUUUUUGAGAAUACUUUUUGUGGCGAUUGGUCGGGGGGCAGUUGCCCCCCUCGCCCUCCCCCCCCCCCAACCCUUGGCUAUGCCACUGUUUCCAGCAUAGUUUCAAAUAUUAAGAACAGGUCAUAAUUUCAAGGCGUACACUUAUCGACACUCACCUACAACAUCUUUGACAUGAGGUACAGGCAGCUGGAGAGAUGGUAGCCCGAAGCUAGUGGCGGCAGGCUGGUCGGCAAUCUGAAGGCCUGUUCCAGGGUUCUGUAUUACCACAGAAUAAACAAAUCUGUUUAUUCUGUGGUAUUAGUUAUUAAUAUGCAAUAAAUCAAGGCAAAUUAUAUCCGCGCUCUCAGACCUCAGACUCAAUGGUUGUCGGCCGGCGUACAACCUUUGGUAUGCACUUCAUGUCUUGCAGCUAUAGUGAAUCUAUGUGUGGGGUUGGCCAUAGCCCUAGGACAUGAAGUAUAUACCCUACCUCCUGCAAGCCAUACAGCCCGUAUGCCCGUUCGCAGGUUUCGUCGCCUUAAUUUUUAAAACUCCUGUACUUUCACAAAUUUGGAAGCUUUGCAUAAUACAAUAAUGGGUGAUCAUCACGAUUGUCAUAGCAUUCUAUGUAUUCUUCAUAUUUUAUAUCCACAAGUUCCAAAUAAGGGUCCAGGAAUUAGAGUUUACUCUCAUAGGAUGGGUGCUUGCACGAAUUUAUUUUUCAAGUUUUCUUCUCGUAUUUUUUUUUUGAAGGAUAAAUGCUUGCUCGAAUUUUUGGGGGGGAUUUCUGCAACCACCCUCUCAAAUAUCUGAUGAUCCUCCCUAAUAUAUAUCCCCAAGGUUGGCAAGAAAAUAUAAACUUAAAACUGUAUACAAAAAUUUAAUAACGAAAAAAAUUGCACAUAAACAUCGAAAUUCAUUUAAAAAACUAACUCACUAUGGUAAGACAUAACUUUAAUACUUCUACGUUGUGUUUUUUUGUUCUUUCAUUACUUUAAAACGAGUUAAUUUUGCAAAAUUUAUCAAAUUCGUGCUCAAUUUGGUCAAAACUAUUGCAGGAUGAUGGUUCCCGGCGUUACGUCACGAAAUAAAGAUCUCUGAUUUGCUGAAAGUUUUUAAAGUUUUGUGGCGUAACGCCGGGAGCCAUCAUCAUUAGGGCCUAGACGAAAAUUACUUCGUGUAAUUCAAGAACUCGAGCACAGUUUUUCUCAUUCGGCCUUUCAAGACCUCGGGCACAGUUUUUCUCAUUCGGACCUCGCAGCCGGUAAAUAACAAAUAGAUACUCUGCCAUCGCAAAGGUAAAAACAUUUAUGAAGCCACCUGGGUUCUGUAGAAAUAAGAUUCUGUAGUCCGUAAAUCCAAGCUUAAUGGGAUCUUGCAUAAUGAGUAUUCAGAAGAUAGAACAUCACAAUCGAUACCAGGAUAGCCUCUGCAGGAUCUUCAUGUUCCAAGUAGAAGAAAGGUUAAAGAUAAAAAUAUUAAAAAUUAUAAAUCACCAAGGAGGCUGUGCACAUGAAUUAUAUGCAAGUAUAUAAAUUAUAUACUUGCAAGUGCUGUAUGUAAAUUAUAUAGGAUAUUAGACGGUUGCAAGGGGACAUGGAUUUUAUGUUCGAGUGGCAAAAACAAUAUGUGAGAUAUAGUUUUUGCCACUCGAACAUAAAUUCAUAUCUUCUAAGAACUGUUUUAUUACUGUUCUGUUUAUUAUAUGGACUUAUUGAUAGGGACAACAAUACACACAAAGCCAAAGACGACAUGUAAAUAAGCAGGCGAAAGAGCAGUAUAAAAGCGAUAUUUUUUAAAAUUAUAGUAAACAUGCAGACAUAAAAAUUAGAAUAAAUAUUACUUAUCUCAAGAUGUCUUUUAAAUAUUUUCGUUCUAUUUCCAAAGUUAAUUUCGUUUUAUAUACGGAACCAAAGACCAUUUGUAUCUUCAAAACAACAACAAUGAAAAUGGCGGGAAAGUUUUGAACUUCGUAUGUCACUAGCAGGGGUGAAAUACGGAAGAUAAGCGCACAUGGUCCCGGAUGUAGUGACGUAUGAGUUCUACGAGUGUUUUAGUUUCUAGUAAAACACCAUUGUCCAUAAAAUAAACUGUAUAUAUUGUUGUUCUGACAAAGAUCAAAAUACAUGUAUUUCACACAACCAGUCAAUAUUUAGUCAUAAUUUGAAUUACCGGUAAGGUUCUAACAGGGUAUAUUACACAUAAAUAUUAAAAGAUAUUAUUUUGCAUUGGAAAAUAUUAUAAAGAGUACCUUUUAUGGGCUUAUGAGGCUGAUAAGAAAGUAUCAAACAACUGAUAGAACGAACCAAAUCUAAUCGUUUGUUAGUGAUGUGUCAGAAUAAAAUAUUUGAGAUUUGGGCAGAAUGUCUGGCUGAACUAUCAGUUCAGGUAACAUCUUUUAGGGCAAGUCGAGAGGGUUAGGGCGCAUGGGCAGAUAUACUAGUUAACCAAUUAACCAGAAGAGUAGACUUUUCUGGUAUUAGUCACAGUUUUGUUGUGAGGCACUGAUGCAAAAAGCUUUUUUCGAGUCAUAUUAUUCAUAUUGUGAGUACAGAUGCCAUUUUGGCACGCUGUACCGUAUGAUCAUGAGCAACCCAGAACCAACCGGAGAAAAUAGGACUGCACGUUUAGCCGCAUCGGAAAAAUAAUAGCGUUGGCAGGAAAAAAGGGUCGGUCGGGAAACAGGAACCACAGGCAACUUUUAGGUCUAACUCUGGCAUCUGGGCUGCCUCGGUUCAAUAUAAACAUACAACUUGACUCAUAAACAGUUACUCAUGCCAUAUAGGAUCUGCGGGGCACACUAUAAUUUCCUCAGGGAUUAGUGUUUUAAGCGGCCGGUUAAAUGAGCAUUUUCAUCCCUGGGGUUGAACUCUGCCCUGUUUACGGGGUUCAAAUUCCAGCCCUGUCUGCAAUACAAAACUCUAUCAAAAUCAAACGACAGAAAAUAUUUCCAUUACUAAACUAGAUUGUUCUAAAGUAAAACAUAUUCAGUCUGCUAUAUGUAGUCAAGGUAAAAAUAUGUAAAAUUGUGAAGAAAACGGAAGGAUCACUAUGUGAUCUGUAUGGAUUAACAGCCAUAAAGCCGAACGAAACAGUCGUGCAUCCUGUGGUGAUUGUACAGAUUAAAGGCCGGAAAUUCCGCGCGCUUUUAGAUAGCGGCGCUAGUAAUUCUUACAUAUCAGAGACUCUGGUAAAUCUCACAGGCGUUCAAGAUCUCAAAACAACCACGCGCCAAAUUUCCACGUUAAUGGGUACCACAACGACAAAAAUGUCGCAAUUUGAUCUAAGCGUUAAAGCAGUAAAAGGCGAUUUCACCCUAAACGUUCGUGCAACUAUGAUAAAAAGGCGUGAACUGUUGCUGCUCGAUAAUCCACACAACGAAAAGAGAAUUGAAGCUCAUCAACACUUGCGUGACAUAGAAUUAGAAGACCACCCAACUAAAGAAAGAUUACCCGUGCAUGUAAUAUUGGGCGCCAACGAGUACGCUAAGAUUCGGACGUCCCAGGUGCGCAUCGGACGCCAAGGGGAACCUGUAGCUGAGCUCACACGAUAUGGAUGGGCUCUUAUGAGUCCUGGAGCAGACACAGAUCCAUCAGUUGGUUGUCUUGCCGUCAAUACAGCGUUGGACCACGAACAGUUGUGUGCACUUGAUGUUCUUGGCCUGGCCGAUUCGCCAGCAGGUGAUCAGGACGUGGUUUACCAGGAGUUUCGAGAGCAGCUGAAGCGAAACGCUGAUGAAGGUUGGUAUGAGACAAGGCUUCCGUGGAAAGGCGACCAUCCACCACUACCCAGUUAUCGCAAUGGUAGUAUUCGCCGCCUACACACACAAGUUCGAAAGCUACGCAAAAUGGGAAAGCUAGAAGACUACGACGCAAUUAUCCGCGAACAACUGAACGAAGGAAUCGUUGAACGUGCUCCCAACGAAGCUGUUGGCCGUGAGUUCUACAUGCCGCAUCGCGCCGUGAUCAGAGAAGGAGCCGAGAGUACGAAGAUGCGUGUCGUUUACGAUUGUUCCGCUCGUGAAGGAGAGGGUUCCCCAUCCCUCAACGACUGCCUUGACAUUGGUCCUCCACUCCAAAACAAGCUUUGGGACGUUCUGGUACGAGGACGUUUUCACCCAAUUGCUCUUGCUGGUGACCUGAGAAAGGCGUUCCUACAAGUACGUAUUGACGAGGGAGAUCGUGAUGCCUUACGCUUUCAUUGGUUGCGUUCCAUCGAUUCAAACGAAGUUGAGACUUUGCGAUUUACACGAGCGUUAUUUGGUCUUGGACCUUCCCCGUUUCUACUUGGAGGAGUGCUCGAACAGCACUUGGUGGUUGGAGUGAUAAACGUCCGGAGAGCGUGGCAGAGAUAUCUCGAAGUUUGUACGUAGACGACCUGAUCUCUGGUGCUGGCAACGUCCCAAAGGCUCAAGGUUUGAAAGACAACGCCACAGAAAUAUUCGCUGAUGCUGGUUUCGAUCUUCACAAGUGGCAUUCUAACGCGCCAGAGUUGUAAAGUCAAUGCAUCAAGUCAGAAAACAACGAUGAAAUUACGUACGCUAAAGAACAGUUGGGUUCUUCUGCUGAUGAGUGCAAGCUUCUAGGAUUGGCUUGGAAUAAAAGGGAAGAUACGCUCAGUGUGACUUUUCCUGAAGAAAAAAGUAAGCCAACGAAAAGAGAGGUCCUAGGGAAAUUGGCUCGCGUCUACGAUCCUCUUGGGCUGGUGUCGCCAAUGACGCUUCAAGGAAAGAUGAUCUUUCGCAAAGCUUGUGAGAGUAAAGUUCCCUGGGACGCUACCUUGCCUGACAAGCUGGCUAAGCUUUGGGAUAAAUGGGAAUCCAACUUACCUGCGAGUGUGUCAACCAGGCGAAGUUUGGCUACAUAUCGAGAGCCUGUUGACGCUGUAGUACUCCAUGCAUUUGGAGAUGCAAGUGGACGUGGUGUAGCGACGGCAGUGUACGCAGUGGUGAGUCAAGCAUCUGGAGUUACCCAAGGAUUGAUAGCUGCCAAAUCCCGACUAGCCAAAAAGGGCCUUACUAUUCCACGUCUCGAGUUGGUGGCUGGUCACAUGGCUUCGAACAUGGUUGAUAACGUUCGCCGAGCUCUCGAAGGAUUUCCAGUGACUGGGACCUACUGCUGGCUUGAUAGUACCGUGGCCUUGCACUGGAUUUGCGGUGGUGGGGAGUAUCGCCAGUUUGUUGCAAACCGUGUUCAAAAGAUCCAGGAGCACAAGAUUGAUGCAUGGAUGCACGUGCCUACUGCAGAAACCCCGCAGAUCUUGGAAGUCGUGGUGGUUCUGUCGAAGAUUCAGAAUUAUGGUGGAACGGUCCGGAAUGGCUGUCCAAUCGUGAUCUGUGGCCACCUAAUCUUGUGACCAAGGAAAGUGCUGAAUCAGCAACCGAAGCGAAAGCCAUAAGAGAAGUGUUAGCAGUCACAACCGUUGCUGAACCUGAUGAAUUUGACAGCUUGCUAGCGAAGUACGAUCUUAAAAGAACGUUACGAGUGUGCGUGUGGAUAUCCAGAUUUGUGCGUUCGUGUAGAGGGGCUAAACGUGCCGGUCCUAUUACCACUGCCGAAAUGGAUGAACAAAUGAAAUGGUGGAUUUGUCGAGUCCAACGACGUGCUAAAUCGUCUGCAAGAUACCUCGACGAACGAUUACAACUAAACUUGCAAGAAAAUGACGAGGUAAUCUUGGAGUGCCGUGGCCGGAUUCAGGGAAUGUACCCUAUCUUCAUUCCAGACGACUGUGAAUUUGCAGUGAAGCUAGUUGAAGAAGCCCAUCGUACGAGCCUACAUGGUGGAGUCGGGUUGACUAUCGCCAAGAUACGAGAAGAAUACUGGAUUCCCCGAUUGCGUCGAUUGACAAAACGUGUUAUCAAACCGUGUCACGGAUGUAAAAGGUUUCAAGCCCGUGCCUUUGCUUCGCCUCCGCCUGGUCUCCUCCCGAAAGAAAGAACCCAAGGAACGACAGCCUUUGAAGUAGUUGGCGUAGAUUUUGCUGGUCCCAUCCGCUAUCGCCGAAAGAAAAACCAGGAAGGAAAAUCAUAUCUGAUUCUCUUCGCUUGUAGUUUAUCCCGUGCUCUUCAUUUGGAGCUGCUGCUAAGCUUGGAGACGGCUGAGUUCUUGGGAGCCUUGAAACGUUUCAUUGCACGUCGUGGUCGACCGACAAAGAUUUAUUCUGACAACGGUAAAACGUUUGUUGCUGCGGCCAAGUGGCUGAAGAAAGCAAUGAAAGACGAACAGUUACAUGAUUUCCUCACAGAUAAAGCUAUUUCGUGGCAGUUUAACCUCAGCCGAGCGCCGUGGUGGGGAGGGCAGUUCGAGCGCUUAGUUGGACUGUUCAAACGUGCUUUCAACAAGACGAUAGGAGCAGGACUACUUACCUACCCGGAACUAUGUGAUGUUGUGCUCAAUAUUGAAGUAGAAUUAAACAAUCGUCCGUUAGACUACGUAGAAGAUGACCCCCAGUUUCCUAUCUUGACUCCCGCAUCGUUACUAUUCCAACGAUCAAAUCGGAUCCCUGAGUUAGAACCGUGGCGCGAAUUAGUCGAUUUACGUAAGAGAGCCAAGUACCUGCGAUCUUGUAAAGAUGCCCUGUGGAAACGUUGGAGUUCAGAGUAUUUAACUGCGUUGAGAGAAAGACAUCGGUGUGAUCGGGACGGAAAGUCAUUAACUCUCGGUAUUGGGGAUGUCGUUAUCGUGCGUUCCGACGAACGAAAUCGAGCAAAGUGGCCGCUUGGGAUUGUAGAAAAGCUCUUCCCUGGAAAGGACGGUGUUGUUCGUGCUGUGAAGUUGCGUGCAGGUAAGACAUAUUUGGAAAGACCCGUUCAACAUCUGUACCCCUUAGAGCUCUCCUGUGACAAACGUCCAGCGACGCCGGAGACCCUUAACCCUGAGGCACCACCUUUUCGCCCAAAGAGAGAUGCAGCUGUUGCUGGAGAUUUGAGAAAUAAAGAUAUUCUUCGAAAUGAACAGGAACACUGAUUGGUAACUAUGUACGAUUAUUAGAAAGUUUCCAUAUUGCAUGUGACUCCUAGCAGAUUCACAUGGGGGAGUGUGUCGGAAACUGACCUUAUUAUUAUUUAGCACUAAUUCAAUUAUAGUAAAUUUUAGUUUAAUUAGGGAUAUUACAUUACAAACGAAUAUAGACAAUUAUGAUUGGGCAAAGUAAUCACGUGAUUAGGGCAGCAUGACAAUAACAAACAGAUUUUGUGGGCUUGUGUAUUGUGACUCGUGUGUUGUUAUAUAUACUCGGUGAGAGACGGUGAUUUACAUAUCGAAACGAUUGUGACAUAGUGACCUUUUUAUUAAAUAUUUUUGUUUGUCGUUUAUUGUAUUUUAAUUUGUGAACGUGUGGGACUUCUGAAAGGUUUGAACUCCCUUUCCCCACAUUACUGGCACCUCACAGACGGGAUUAUUUGAUGAAUAUUUUGCGACGAGUUGUGGAAUAAACGAUGUCCUUAAAGAAGCAACUCGCAGAAUUAGACGUGAAGUUAAAGGCCUUAACCUUUCGAACCAAACGCAGUGACGAGGUUAUUGAAAAAGGCGAAAAAACAGCAGUAGAGAGACAGAAAGGAUCUAUCGUGGCAAUUGUAAGUACAAUUAACAUUUUAAAGGGAAAUAUUGAAGAAGCGAAAUUUGGGCAGGGUGAAAAUGAAGCCGAUAUAGAACAAUGGUCGCGAGACAUUGAAGCGCAAGUCACCAUAGCUGACCAGAGUUGUAAAAAACUUGACGAUUUUAUUAAUGAUAUUGAUAGCAAAGCAAGAGAAUUAGAAUUGGCUAAAAAUCAUGACCAAACAUUGAAAUUUGAGAAACAGCUUUUAGAACAAAAACUUGAGGCUGCUAUCAAAACCAAAGAGCUCUCUGAAAGUACAGUGCGCUUACCAAAGUUGAAUAUAACGAAAUUUAACGGAAAACCACAUGAUUGGGUGCGAUUUUCUGGUCAGUUCGAGGCCAUGGUUGACUCGCUGAAUGUCCCUGCCAUAACAAAGUUUUCGCACCUAAAAGAGCUUGUAGAGCCGCAUAUUAGAAGCGCUAUUGACUGUCUGCCGUUCACAGACGAGGGAUAUGAGCGGGCGAUGAAAUAUCUUAAAGAGAAAUACGGUCACCCUAGUGAAAUAGCUGGAUCGUACGUUACCAGUAUAAUAGAAUUGCCAUUUAUAACCGAGCGAGACGUUCCCAAAAUACACAGGUUUUACGAGCGCUUAUUGUUCAAUGUUGAAAGCCUAGAGAUGCUCGGGAAACUUGAUACCAUUGAAGGUGUUAUAUACUAUAUUGUGAAAAAAUUAGACGUCGUAAAAGCCGAAUUAGUAGCGCACGUUGAAACGAAUUGGAGAGACUGGACAUUUAGAGAUUUACUAAAUGCGCUGCAAAAAUGGACGGAGGUUAAUUCUAUAGCAAAAGUGCAAAGGCGAAGUAAGGAUAAUUCAUUUCAUAACCAAAAUUACCAAUCCACGGGUGGGCGGGCUUUGACCUCUCGCGAUUCUGAGGUUAAGUGCAUUUACUGCGAAAGUGUUGAACACAAAGCAAUUUCAUGUGAUAAAGUAACGAACACGAACGAAAGAAAGAAAAUUCUCGCUGAAAAACACCUUUGUUUUAACUGCGCUGUUGGGCAACAUGCAGCAAGUAACUGCAAAAGCAAAGUUUCGUGCCAAAAAUGCCAGAAACGUCACCACACUUCCAUAUGUCCGUCAUCGCCCGAAGUAGGAUUAACAGCCAUAAAGCCGAACGAAACAGUCGUGCAUCCUGUGGUGAUUGUACAGAUUAAAGGCCGGAAAUUCCGCGCGCUUUUAGAUAGCGGCGCUAGUAAUUCUUACAUAUCAGAGACUCUGGUAAAUCUCACAGGCGUUCAAGCUGUCAAAACAACCACGCGCCAAAUUUCCACGUUAAUGGGUACCACAAGGACAAAAAUGUCGCAAUUUGAUCUAAGCGUUGAAGCAGUAAAAUGCGAUUUCACUCUAAACGUUCGUGCAACUAUGAUAAAAAGGCGUGAACUGUUGCUGCUCGAUAAUCCACACAACGAAAAGAGAAUUGAAGCUCAUCAACACUUGCGUGACAUAGAAUUAGGAGACCACCCAACUAAAGAAAGAUUACCCGUGCAUGUAAUAUUGGGCGCCAACGAGUACGCUAAGAUUCGGACGUCCCAGGUGCGCAUCGGACGCCAAGGGGAACCUGUGGCUGAGCUCACACGAUAUGGAUGGGCUCUUAUGAGUCCUGGAGCAGACACAGAUCCAUCAGUUGGUUGUCUUGCCGUCAAUACAGCGUUGGACCACGAACAGUUGUGUGCACUUGAUGUUCUUGGCCUGGCCGAUUCGCCAGCAGGUGAUCAGGACGUGGUUUACCAGGAGUUUCGAGAGCAGCUGAAGCGAAACGCUGAUGAAGGUUGGUAUGAGACAAGGCUUCCGUGGAAAGGCGACCAUCCACCACUACCCAGUUAUCGCAAUGGUAGUAUUCGCCGCCUACACACACAAGUUCGAAAGCUACGCAAAAUGGGAAAGCUAGAAGACUACGACGCAAUUAUCCGCGAACAACUGAACGAAGGAAUCGUUGAACAUGCUCCCAACGAAGCUGUUGGCCGUGAGUUCUACAUGCCGCAUCGCGCCGUGAUCAGAGAAGGAGCCGAGAGUACGAAGAUGCGUGUCGUUUACGAUUGUUCCGCUCGUGAAGGAGAGGGUUCCCCAUCCCUCAACGACUGCCUUGACAUUGGUCCUCCACUCCAAAACAAGCUUUGGGACGUUCUGGUACGAGGACGUUUUCACCCAAUUGCUCUUGCUGGUGACCUGAGAAAGGCGUUCCUACAAGUACGUAUUGACGAGGGAGAUCGUGAUGCCUUACGUUUUCAUUGGUUGCGUUCCAUCGAUUCAAACGAAGUUGAGACUUUGCGAUUUACACGAGCGUUAUUUGGUCUUGGACCUUCCCCGUUUCUACUUGGAGGAGUGCUCGAACAGCACUUGGUUGGUUGGAGUGAUAAACGUCCGGAGAGCGUGGCAGAGAUAUCUCGAAGUUUGUACGUAGACGACCUGAUCUCUGGUGCUGGCAACGUCCCAAAGGCUCAAGGUUUGAAAGACAACGCCACAGAAAUAUUCGCUGAUGCUGGUUUCGAUCUUCACAAGUGGCAUUCUAACGCGCCAGAGUUGGAAAGUCAAUGCAUCAAGUCAGAAAACAACGAUGAAAUUACGUACGCUAAAGAACAGUUGGGUUCUUCUGCUGAUGAUUGCAAGCUUCUAGGAUUGGCCUGGAAUAAAAGGGAAGAUACGCUCAGUGUGACUUUUCCUGAAGAAAAAAGUAAGCCAACGAAAAGAGAGGUCCUAGGGAAAUUGGCUCGCGUCUACGAUCCUCGUGGGCUGGUGUCGCCAAUGACGCUUCAAGGAAAGAUGAUCUUUCGCGAAGCUUGUGAGAGUAAAGUUCCCUGGGACGCUACCUUGCCUGACAAGCUGGCUAAGCUUUGGGAUAAAUGGGAAUCCAACUUACCUGCGAGUGUGUCAACCAGGCGAAGUUUGGCUACAUAUCGAGAGCCUGUUGACGCUGUAGUACUCCAUGCAUUUGGAGAUGCAAGUGGACGUGGUGUAGCGACGGCAGUGUACGCAGUGGUGAGUCAAGCAUCUGGAGUUACCCAAGGAUUGAUAGCUGCCAAAUCCCGACUAGCCAAAAAGGGCCUUACUAUUCCACGUCUCGAGUUGGUGGCUGGUCACAUGGCUUCGAACAUGGUUGAUAACGUUCGCCGAGCUCUCGAAGGAUUUCCAGUGACUGGGACCUACUGCUGGCUUGAUAGUACCGUGGCCUUGCACUGGAUUUGCGGUGGUGGGGAGUAUCGCCAGUUUGUUGCAAACCGUGUUCAAAAGAUCCAGGAGCACAAGAUUGAUGCAUGGAUGCACGUGCCUACUGCAGACAACCCCGCAGAUCUUGGAAGUCGUGGUGGUUCUGUCGAAGAUUCAGAAUUAUGGUGGAACGGUCCGGAAUGGCUGUCCAAUCGUGAUCUGUGGCCACCUAAUCUUGUGACCAAGGAAAGUGCUGAAUCAGCAACCGAAGCGAAAGCCAUAAGAGAAGUGUUAGCAGUCACAACCGUUGCUGAACCUGAUGAAUUUGACAGCUUGCUAGCGAAGUACGAUCUUAAAAGAACGUUACGAGUGUGCGUGUGGAUAUCCAGAUUUGUGCGUUCGUGUAGAGGGGCUAAACGUGCCGGUCCUAUUACCACUGCCGAAAUGGAUGAACAAAUGAAAUGGUGGAUUUGUCGAGUCCAACGACGUGCUAAAUCGUCUGCAAGAUACCUCGACGAACGAUUACAACUAAACUUGCAAGAAAAUGACGAGGUAAUCUUGGAGUGCCGUGGCCGGAUUCAGGGAAUGUACCCUAUCUUCAUUCCAGACGACUGUGAAUUUGCAGUGAAGCUAGUUGAAGAAGCCCAUC